AUGUCCUUUACAAUAGUUUCUACAGCGAAAAACCGGACGGUUUGCUGUAGUGCAGAAACACAUUUUACAGACGCUUGCAAUAAUUUUUGUCUCAAUGAUGGUACUUGCAAAAAGAAUCCAAUUGGUUAUGUGGAAUGUAUCUGUAAGGAGAAUUUUUCUGGCGAACGUUGCGAGGUGCGUUUCCAAGCAAGGACACAAAAAGUGGCACUUAUUACUGCCGGUAUAGGUGCAGUCGUUACCAUUCUCGUUAUCAUCGUAGUUAUCAUAUGGAUGAUAUCAUAUCGCUUCAAUCGCAUUGAAGAAUCCUCAGUACCAGAGAAAUGUCCGGUAGAAGAAAACACUCAUACCAAUUUCUUGUAUGGCCGCGUUCCUAGCGAACAACCGAGACCUGUAGGCUAUUAUUACGAAGAUGACGACGAAUACGAUAUGAAAACAAUGUUUGUGGGUGAAGAAGAAAAGGAAAUGGAGGAGAGGGUACGCCAUGCCCAGGCACAUAUGUACACUCCAUCAAAUAAUAGGCUUGAUUAA